UGAUCAUAGUCAUCGAUUAAGCCAGCCGAAAGAUAUGGAUAGAUCUUCCAAAAUGGUUCUUGGGUGGCUGAAACAGCGCAAAGGAAGGAUUCACGGAGUAUCUUGUAGAGGCAAUCGAAUCAGCUUCGGUAAAUUUGCUCUUCAGGCGCUUGAACCGGCGCUGAUCUCAUCCAGACAAAUAGAAGCAGGGCGGCGAGCAAUUACCCGAAAUUUGCAGCGGAGCGGACAAAUAUGGACUCGAGUGUUUGCAGACAAGCCGGUAACAGCAAGACCCGAGGAAACGCGCAUGGGUAGAGGGAAAGGAGCCACCAAAUAUUGGGCAGCCGUGGUCAAACCGGGGAGAAUAGUUUAUGAAAUCGGCGGAGCAGCAGAAAAUAUAGCCAGAAAGGCAAUUUCAGUGGCUGCAUCGAAAAUGCCCGUACGAACUAAAUUCAUCACCGGCUCUAGUACGCCAUCAAAGGGAGAAAAUUAAUGAGUUUGCCCUUAUCAAGAAGGAUAAUGGCGAUUGCAGAGAUCAUCCUUCUAAAUGCUGGGUAGUGAGUAUGCUGAAUCAGCUUUGUUUUUGUGCCCAAAAGCUUCACGAUGAGAAUACUUUUGAAUAUUAUGGAUUUGAAUCGAUCUCUAGUUUCAUGGAGCAUUCUACUAUUUGUGGAAGUAGUCUUGCUAUGCAAUGCAUGGGUGGAAUAAAUUUUUUUAGCAUGAA